CGCCCCCUUGCCCGGGGUCCCCCGCCCACUGUCUGUCUGGCGCUCGGAGCAGGGCGCACGGUGUAGGCUGGGGACACGAGACCACGCCGGGGCUGGGAGGUCUGCGCUGCGCCCGCGGGGCUCGGGUACGCCUGCUCGCGGCUCCGCCCGCUCCCGGCCAGCGGCAGCAGCAGCAGCGGCAGCAACAGCAGCGACGAUUCCAGCGCCGGCGGCAGUGGUAGCAGCGACACCAUGGAUCUGUCCUUUAUGGCCGCGCAGCUGCCCAUGAUGGGAGGAGUGUUUAUGGACUCACCCAAUGAGGACUUCAGCACUGAAUACUCCCUGUUCAACUCCUCGGCCAAUGUCCACGUAGCCUCCAAUGGUCAUGGGCAGCCGGAUGAGCCCCCACGGUCCUCCAACGAUGCCGUGCUGUUGUGGAUUGCCAUCAUAGCCACGCUGGGCAACAUCGUGGUGGUGGGGGUGGUGUAUGCCUUCACCUUCUGAUGUGAUGUGUGCCUGGGCUGCUGCCAGCUCCCCGGCCAGGAGUCCUGGCUGCGCACGCGUGCACACGCACGCUCACACACACACACAGCCUCGCCAGGACCAGCAACCAGUGACCUCCCUAAUUGCAAGCAGCCCAUACUGCAGGUGGAGCUCAUCAAGAGACCACAGUGGCCCUGGGUUUUCUGCUCCUGGGGCCCUGACCAGGAGAUGGAUGUGCAGGGAGCAGGUGGUUGGGGAGGUUUCCAAGCUACAUCCCUGGGAGAGGAGACCAGGCAGAGCCGGCAGUGAGGACUGCCAGGCC